AUGGUGCCGCAGACUCUGCCGCUGCUGCUUUCUGCCCUGAUGUCAGGGGCGAUUUCGAAGUCCCUGGCCCCGCCUCCCAGCAGCCUUCUCCCCAAGAGGAGCUGCCAGAUCAGCCACUUCAAGUCUCUUUCGCCUCGGGAGCUGGAAACCUUCAAGGUGGCCAAGGACGCCUACGAGAAGACCAUGCUUCAGACGGAGAGGAAAUGUAGCUCCAGAUUCUUCCACAGAAACUGGGACCUUCGGCAGCUGCCGGUGUCAGUUCGGCCCGUGGUCUUACAGGCUGAGCUGAAAUUGACUCUGGAGGUCUUGAAAGCCGUAACCAAGCCUGAGUUGGACAGCGUUCUGGCUCAGCCCCUACAAACGCUCAGCCACAUCCACCAAGAGAUCCAAAGCUGUGUUACUUCCCAGACCUCUAAAGAACACAGGCUUCCAGGCCGCCUGAAGAAUUGGCUGAACAAGCUCAGAGCCUCAAAAUUGCCUAGAAGCAUCCAUCAUGCUCAAUCUCUUCCGACUCCUGACCCAAGACCUCCGAUGUGUAGCCUAUGGGGACCUCUGUUGAAGAUCCAGACCCAGCUUGCGGUCUGA